CAUCAGAAUGUUGCUUUGAGCAUCACCAACCUGACCCAGAGGAAAAAGAAGCUGUGGUUCAUCUCCUCGCAGCAGAUACAGCUCUGUGUAUGUAUGUGUGUGUGUGUGUAUGUGUGUGUGUGUGUGUGUGUGUUGCGGCCGACAGUCACUCUGUUACACAAUCGCUUUCAGUUUCCUCGCCCUGCCUGCCUGACUGGUGGCUCCCCGCCCACCGCUGCUCUCUGCCUGCCUGCCUGCCUGACUGCUGGGCGGACUGGGGCAGAUCCGAGCCGACCAGUUCCGUGUUCUGUCCCCAGCCAGCGCACACGGGCCGGGUUGAAGUGAGCGGGACGAGCAGGCAGCGUCAAGGUGGACAUUCUUGUGGAGAUAAGAUCAGUGAGAGGUUAAAGGUCACAAGCAGACCUGGAGGACCUUGAGGCUCCCCUUUAAGCCCUCACAGAUUAAAAUGGCUCUUCGGCAGAGAAGUAAAGGAAGCCAAGACGUUAUUGUACCUGCUGAGGAUCUCUGCAACGUGUUUCUGUGAAAAAGUGACUCAAGAACAUUUUUAUCUGUAGUUGGUGAAGAUGGAAUAACAGCUGAGUGGAAUUUUCUCGAGGACUGUUAGCAGAACUUCAAGCCAAUUAUGGAGCAGGACUUCAUACAGUAGGACCUCAGCUCAUUCCUGUUUCCUGUCCUGGACUCUGAAUAUUCUGACCCCUCACAGCCGGUUCUUUGACUCUGUAACUGUAAACUCUGCUGCUGUAAAUGGACCUCCAAGUCCCUUAAAGCUUGCGGGAGACUUGAGCUUCAGCUUCGCUUCCACAUCCUUCCCCCUCCCCAGAAAAACUACAAAUAUGGCCACCACGGGACGGAAGCACCUGGUGAAAGAUUUCAACCAUUUCAUCACCUGCUACCUGUGCCGAGGUUACCUGAUCAAACCGACCACAGUCACCGAGUGCCUGCACACCUUCUGUAAGAGCUGUAUCGUGCAGCACUUUGAGGAGAGUAAUGACUGUCCUAAAUGUGGCAUUCAGGUCCAUGAGACCAACCCGCUGGAGAUGCUCAGGCUGGACAAUACCCUGGAGGAGAUCAUUUUCAAGCUGGUUCCUGGGCUCAGAGAAAAAGAGGAACAGCAGGAACUGGAGUUCUGGAAGAAAAACCAGCCCAAGGAAAAUGGCCAAGAGAACCUGCAUUGUCAGCGGCCCGGGCUUCCUGACUGUGGCGCCGCCGGGGCUGCCGGUGCUGAUGAUGAUGGUGACGGUGGUGAAGAUGGAGACUACCACAGGAGUGACCCUCAGAUAGCCAUCUGUCUGGACUGCCUGCAAAACACAGGGCAGUCAGGGGAGAGCACAGUGACGGAUCUGAUGAAGAGGUUCAUCCGCUGCUCCAGCAGGGUCACAGUGGGAACAAUUAAGAAGUUUCUCAGUCUUAAACUAAAGCUGCCGAGCUCCUAUGAGCUGGAUGUGCUCUGUAACGGAGAAAUCAUGGGCAGAGAUCACACUCUGGAAUUCAUCUACAUGACCCGGUGGAGGCUGCAUGGAGAGAACACGUAUCCCAUGGUUCUCGAGUACCGGCCGCGCAUCGACUUCGGCUGAGCCGCCGCUGCAGGAGGACCACCAACAUGGACCCACACCUAAACACUCCUGCACUCAUACACAGCAGCUCCAUGUGAACACUCACACCGACACAUAAACGCCUAAAAGUGCAGAUAAAGAAAGAUUUAGAUGUAUUUUUGUACAGCCAAUGAUGAAGUGCUUAUGUUGUUGCGUUGAAAAGCCUUCAUGCUACAUAGAAUAAUAUAUGCUAUAAUAUAUGCUAUUUUUAAAUGUAUGUCCCUGUGCCUAAAAACCAGUUUGGAACGAUCAUAUCUCCAGUUUGCCUGUCUAACUAACUGUGGAUUAAAUGUUGAUUUUCUACUGUGGA